GGAGGGUCGAAGGGAGAUGUUUCCAAUGUGGGGUCCUUUCGCUCCAAGUGACGAGGGUGAUGAAUCAAAAGAAGAGGUUGGCGAGGAGACGAAACCCAUGGAGCUAUCGGCGUGUUCUGCGGAGGGGUUGACGCCGCUGAAAACGAUGAAGUUGAUAGGGUUGAUCAGGGAAAAACGAGUGGUGGUCCUCAUUGAUAGUGGGGCCAACCAUAACUUCAUUAGCCGGAGGGUGGUUGAGGAGUUGAAACUGCCGGUGGUGGAUAUGCCAUCGUAUACUGUGAGUCUCGGUGACGACCAUAAGAAGGUGACGAGGGGGAGAUGCGAAACAGUUCGAAUAAGCUUGGGAGAUACCACGGUAGAGGAGGAGCUAUACGUGCUUGAACUGGGGGGUGUGGACGUCGUCUUGGGAAUUGCCUGGUUGGCUAAACUGGGUGAAGUGGUGAUUAACUGGAGGGAGAUGUCGAUGCGGUUUGGAGUGGCGAACGAGAAGAUCACGAUUCGGGGGGACCCGGCUUUAUCAAGACAGCUGGUGGAACCUAGGGAGUUAUGGAAGAUAGUGGAUGGUGACUCAUGGGCACUUGUUUGGGAGUUAGGUGUAGUGGAGCAGGAAACAAGGGGUGAGGUGGCACAUGAUUUGACAGAAGUGCAGGUAGUGGAAUUACGAGCUGUCCUGCAAGCCCAUGGAUGCGUGUUCCAGGAAAGAGAAGGGCUGCCACCUCGUCGCAAUUUAGAGCAUAGGAUUGUGCUUAAAGAGGGAACAAAUCCUAUAAAUGUCCGGCUAUAUAGAUAUCCAUAUCUCAUGAAAGAGGAGAUUGAAAAGCAAGUUGCAGACAUGUUAAAAGCUGGUAUUAUAAGGCCCAGUCAGAGUCCUUACUCAAGUCUUGUAAUUUUGGUGAAGAAGAAGGACGAAAGCUGGAGGUUCUGCGUUGAUUAUCGGGCCCUGAACAAAGCUACUGUUCCGGAUAAAUUCCCGAUACCGGUUAUUGAAGAGUUGCUGGAUGAACUCAAGGGAGCAAGAUAUUUCUCCAAGUUGGACCUGAAGGCCGGCUAUCAUCAGAUUAGGAUGGGGGCAGCAGAUAUUUCGAAGACGGCCUUCCGAACCCACUAAGGCCACUUUGAGUUUUUGGUGAUGCCCUUU